AAAAACGACACGAAACGUCACUUCGCAGCUGCGAACGCCGCGGCGUAAACAAUCGUGGAAAUAUAAGUUAUUUGUGAUUAUAUCUUUAUUUAUUAAUAAAAUUGAAAAUAUUGUUUAUUAUAUGUGCGAUCAAUCAUGAGUGACAAGCGUGAACAUGAAGAAUGCGACACGGAAGACGGCUGGAUCGGACCCUUACCUUCGGAAGCUGUACCGCAAAAGAAGCAACGAGUUUUGGAAUACGAACAGGUGUACAUAGACAACUUGCCAUGUUGUGAAUGCUACGAGAAGUCUUAUAUGCACAGAGAUGUCAUCACUCACAUUUUAGUAACAAAGUCAAACUUUGUGAUAACCGCUAGUUGCGAUGGACAUGUAAAAUUUUGGAAAAAGCAAGAGGAAUUGAUAGAAUUUGUAAAGCACUUUCGGGCACAUUUAAUGGCGAUACAGUCGAUGUCUGCUAGUUGCAACGGUGUACAUGUAUGCUCAGUAAGCAUUGAUAAAACCAUGAAAAUAUUUGAUGUCAUCAAUUUUGAUAUGAUAAACAUGAUAAAAUUGGACUUUGUACCACUUUGUGCUGAAUGGGUCUAUUCAGCUGGUGAUGCCAUAGCUGCUGUUGCAGUUUCUUCACAAGAAUCAAAUAAAAUAUACAUCUAUGAUGGUCAGGGAACAAAUACACCUUUACAUGUAUUUGAAAAGCUACACACUAAACCGGUCAUCAUUAUGAAAUACAAUCCUGUGUACGAGACAUGCAUCUCCAUUGAUAAAGCAGGAAUGUUGGAGUACUGGACGGGUCCGAAGAUGGAGUAUAAGUUUCCCAAAUGCAUAUCGUUUGAAUCAAAGUUGGACACAGAUCUGUUUGAAUUUGCUAAAAAUAAGACUUACCCAUGCGGCUUAGCGAUAUCGCCUGACGGCAAACGAUUUGCAUCCCUCAGUGGAGAUAGGAAAGUUAGAGUUUUCAAUUUUCGGACGGGCAAACUGUACAGGAUAUUUGACGAGACACUUCAAAGAUUCAGCGAAUUGCAACAAACUGUGCAGCAACUUCCGAACAUGGAAUUUGGACGAAGAAUGGCAGUCGAAAGAGAAUUGGAUAAAACUGAGACGAAUCUGGGGAAUAUAAUUUUUGACGAAUCUGGUUAUAUUAUUUUGUAUCCUACCAUGUUGGGUGUCAAAGUAGUAAAUCUUUACACAAAUCGCUGUAUCAAAAUUAUGGGAAAACCAGAGAACAUACGACCAAUGCAGCUAUCAUUAUUCCAGGGAAAAGCGCGAAAAACAACCGCUGCGUUAACUGUCGAAAUGGAAGCCUCUGAGAAUCCCACGAUGGAGAUGAACCGUCCCGAUCCGACAUUAUUUUGCACAGCUCACAAGAAAAAUCGAUUCUACAUGUUCACGAGACGAGAGCCGGAGGACACAAAGAGCCAGGAAUGCGAUCGAGAUGUUUUCAACGAAAAGCCUUCCAAGGAAGAUAUCAUAUCUUCGACGGAAGCCACAAAUAUGCAGAAAAUUUAUGAUACAGCGAUCAUUCAUACGGCGCUCGGUGACGUUCACGUGAAUCUCUUUGGCAAGGACGUCCCAAAGACGGUGGAGAAUUUCUGCGUGCAUGCGAAGAAUGGCUAUUUCAAUGGCCAUAUAUUCCACAGAGUUAUCAAGGGUUUCAUGAUACAGACGGGCGAUCCUACUGGAACCGGCACCGGUGGUGAAAGUAUAUGGGGAGGCGAAUUCGAGGACGAAUUUAAAUCGAACUUGAAGCACGACAGACCGUACACUUUAAGUAUGGCCAACGCGGGACCAAAUACGAACGGAAGCCAGUUUUUCAUCACGCUGACACCGACGCCCUGGCUAGAUAACAAACAUACCGUAUUCGGCCGAGUUCACAAAGGAAUGGAAGUCGUGCAAAAUAUCAGUCAGGUAAAGACGAAUCCUAAGACUGAUAAGCCUUACGACGAUAUACGAAUAGUUAGCGUAACUGUAAAAUAAUUUUAUAAAAUAAAGAUUGUGUAUAUAUAGAUA